GGCUUGAUGCAGAGAGGAAGUGGGCAACAGGCACUGUGAGGCAGAAGCAGAGACCGGCUGCAGGAUGGUGAGGUGCUGGAAGCGCACAGAGGCCACGCCAGGUGACUCAGAAUGCACGGAUACGGGCCAGAAUGUGGCCCCAAAGUUUCCUCACCGAGUGUUCUGGGGCUGCCUGUCCACUACGCUGUUCAUCGUGAUUGUGGCUGUCAGUGUUUACGCACAUUUAGGCAUCUCACAAGAUGACACAGAGUCUGCUGUGCAGAUUGUCAGAAUCACAGCUCCUGACCAGUCUGGCACGGUCUUCAAUCAAUCUGCAUUGGUCGACAAACACAACAAUUUGGUCUCCUAUUCAGUGACAUCCCAAGCAAAUCAUACCUCUACGGUGCUCUAUCACAUGAAGGAUGGAUUGGUGUGUUACAAGCCAGACAACCAAGACACCUGCUUUCUGCACAAAAUGGAAGGCUCCGACUAUGACAACGUGAACUCACUCUUGAACAUGUCCAACCAGCAGGUCAACCAGUUCUGGCUGGUGGGGAAUGAGACACGCAGACACGCUGAGUUCUUGGGGGUUAUUGCAGACUCUCGAGUGGACACCUCAACCCUCCCAAAGCCCAUUCAGGACCUCUGCCAGCAAAGUUCUGUGUACUGGACCAAGAGAGCCGAUGGUCCAGGGAAACAACGGCUCAUUUACUUCUGUAUAGACAUCUGCUUUCCCAGCAACAUCUGUGUGUCAGUGUGCUUCUACUACCUGCCUGAAUGAGGGGCUGGGUUCUGUGCUCUGAGAGUGACCGCCACCACCGCCGAAAACAAAACAGAUCUCUCUCUGUAUCCUCGCUGCACAGAACCCAACACAAUGACUGUGAAGAGGGAGAGCUGCACACACACACAGGCACAGAAUAAAAUGUUCAUGUACACACACUCACACACACACAGAAUCAAAUGUGCACACACACACAAACACUGAGAGAUCAAAUGUGUACACACACAAACACACACACACACACACACACUCAGAUUCAACAGACUCAUCUAGCCAGUCAUUCCACAGGGGAAACAGAGACUCUGACAAAUUAUCUCCAAAGCAGUCAUCAUCAUCUUUCUAGUGCCCUUUUGGAGAAGUGCUCUGAGCGCAUUCAUUUCAAAGACUCAUUCCUGCUCGCAUCCCAUGUAACCUGAAGCCAAUGAUUAACUAAGAGUUUUUCUGCCGGACUC